GGCCAUGCCUGAGGUGCUGUAUCAAGGUCAGAAGCUGGGCUUCGGAACUUCCCUCUCUUUCACUUUGCAUUGUUCUCUUCUUCCACUCUUGCCUUUGUACCACUCGUUUGUUUGGUGAUAUCCUGGACGACUUGACUGCUACACAGGUGGGAUAGAGACACCUCACCGCGAACGAGAAGCACCAUUACAGCGGAGUGUAACUAUACUUCUCUGACCUUUGGCAAAUAUGCAUUUGCGGCCCUUGCUGUCCUUCCUCCCCUUCCUCAGCCUCAGCAUUGCUGCUUCGCUCGACGUACCGGUGUUGAAACGCCAAUCGACCGCAUGCAACAACUCUCCUUCUCUAUGCUCGAAAGCCUACAAUAGCAUCGUCCAUCUGGGUGCGCACGAUUCACCCUUUGUCCGAGAUGCCUCGACGGGCUAUUCAACGUCUGGAAACCAAUACUACAACUCGACGGUACAACUCUCAGCCGGUGUCCGUCUGCUUUCGGCCCAAGUCCACAAAUCCAACGGCGAAUACCACUUAUGCCAUUCUUCCUGCGAUUUGUUGGAUGCGGGAAUUCUGUCAGACUGGCUAGAAGAGAUCAAGACAUGGCUGGAUAAUAACCCGAAUGAGGUUGUCACCAUUCUCCUUGUCAACUCGGACAAUGCGUCCCCAGAGGACUUGGGGGCACAUUUCACAACGGCACAGAUCACGAACUACGCCUACGUCCCUCCUUCCACGAGCACGCCUCCCGCCUCGGGCACCUGGCCAACCCUACAAGAGCUGAUUACUGCCAAUAAACGGCUUAUGGUCUUUGUGGCAUCCAUCUCGGAUCCCGCGUCCAUACCCAGCCAGUAUUCGUACCUGAUGGACGAGUUCACUUUUAUAUUUGAAAACCCUUACGACAACACCUCCCCUAGCAACUUCAGCUGCCUCCCGGAUCGGCCCACUGCCGUCCAGGGGAACACUGAAGCUGCCAUUGCCUCCAACCGGAUGGCAUUUACCAACCACUUCCUCUACGAAGAGGGCCUGUUCGAUAUCGAGACUCCCAACGUGGACAAUAUCACCAUCACCAACUCGCCAGGCAACAGCAUUGGAAAUCUCGGAUAUAGCCUGUCCCAAUGUAACUCGGCGUACGGCAAACCGUCGACGUUCGUCCUGGUCGACUUCUUCGACCAGGGCCCCGCGAUCGCCGCCGUCGAUGCCAUGAAUGGUGUCACCAACCCCGUAGGGCGUACCGCCGUGCCUCCGAGAGAUAGCGGACAGAGUUCUGAUCCAAGCGAGUCAAGCUUCCAAGGCGUGGUCAACCUGGUGAAUGAAGUCAAGGACGGGAAAAAGCCAAAACUGGGGGCCUGGAUUUGGGCGGCUGGGCAGUGGACGUUCGGCGGCAUCAAUCUGAGUGGCGGCAACGUCUUCCAGAAGUGAGGGAGUGCAUGUGAGAAGAGAAGAGUGGAUUGAAGAGACAUGAAAGAAGGAGACACCGACUAGUCCAACGGUAUCCGCGACUUGGCCUUGCACGGCAAGCAGGAUGUCGUCCUGGACCUGCACCGGGUGCGCACCUCCGACUUUUGGCGGACAUGGAUCUGGCUAUCUCGCAUGGCCACCAUCCUCCCACCACGAGCACCACAAGCCCCGAGUGAUCUCAAACACGGACUUGGCGCCAUUUUGGAAGAGUCAAGUUGGAAAAUCAAGGAUCGACGGCAAGAUUCCAUAUCUAAUCCCGAAACGAAAACUUUCACGACGACAUGACACGACACACAACGCCCGCUCUGGCACUGACUUGUUGGCCAUAUGCACGGCGAGCUAUCCCACCUCGUUGGCCCACAAGGGUCGACACGACAUUAUAUUGCACUGCAUUGCAUAGCGAACGGCGUCUUGUUUGUUUGUUUGCUUGCUUGCUUGUUUGUUUGUUUCGCCACCACCUGAAUUUAUAUCGACUUGGAUAUUUGAAGAGGGGUUUUGAUCUGGCGAUGGAUACACCACAAAAGCGAGUCUCGAGUAGAUUUUGUCGCUCAACCGUUAUUGUGGACGAAAUAGGGGCAUCGAGAUUGUGAAUGGAAUUGGAUAGGGAUAGGGAUAGGAAUAGGUACCGAGAUUACGAGUGGCAUCGAGACUGGAUAUCUAGCAAGGAUCGGGAUACAUAUUAUAGGUACUCCGUGUACGUAUAGGUAUCUGCGUACAAUUCAAUGUGCGGCGAAUAUAGGCGGGUGGCCACUUGCUUUCACAAUUCGGGACACGAAAUCAAAAUGGUUCGUUGAUACCUACGUAGGUAGGGACAUUGAUUCAUG